AAGCUGAGAUGCUACGUUAUCAGAACUGUAGCAUAACCCAAUUGGUUGUUUUCUCGUAACAUCGUGGUAUACACCUAUCACAACUUGGCUUGCAUUGUUUUAACCAAUGGCACGACAGAUGCCAAUUCUAGACUAUACUGACCGUCAGUCCAAGAGUUUCCCGUGUUAUUCCUAAGUUUCUUCCAAAAUGAUCAAGUGAUUGUGUUAUAUGUGUAAAUAUGAUUAUUAUAUACGUUGAUAUAAUACUACUGAGUGUAUUGUUUCUUCUGAUACUGUUCACUUGCGGCUUUUGCAUUUACCGAAUACACGGAAUGCAACAGAAUGGGCAAGUAGCAUAUUUUCUCAGACCGACUAAAGUACUGUUUUCUCAUAAAAAUCAAGAAGAUGGCAGUGAACAGUUGAGGAGUGUGGUGGCGUACCGCAACCCCUUCACGGGGGACUACUGCGUCAACAAGAGCCAAGCCUCACACGGAUACAUGAACCAGCUGCCUCCCGACGCCUCCUCCCCGGACAGCGGGCUCUCUGAUGACCGAUACGAACCUCUCGGACCACCGCUGGGAACUCUGCCACUGAAGAACGCGAUAGCUGCAGAGGCUGUAAAGUCACCAGCUGCGACACCAAUUUAUGACAACAGCAUCACCAAAACAUGGAAAUGGGAUUACACCGAGUACCAAAUAUAAGUCUGCGAUCAAUGAAACGUUGCCAACCCUCAAUGACGUCAUGAUGUAUCACUUCAAGUAGAUGAAAAAUGCGACAAAUACUAUUUUGAAAAACAAUAUUUAUAUAAUAAUUAAUAAGGUUUUCAGUGUUUCCAACCCUGAUACAUGAGAGUAUUAAUUUAAAGGAUAAUCGAUUCCACAAAAUUUAAUAAAUAUUAAAUGAGGAUUCUGAAUUAACUAUUGAUACCAUAUGGAUGUUAUUUAUAUUAAGAUUAUUGUAUUAUUAUUUGAUGAUGUGACGAGAGAUAUAAAAAUAUUUAACACUUUAUAUAAAGUCGAUGUUAAAGUU